AUGUCUGUUAUUGCUAGAAAAUCACUCGUGCCCGCUAUCAAACAUACAUGGUCAGUCCAACGACCCUUAUUAGCUCAGUGCAAGCCCCCCGUACAAUCAGCUGUCUUGAAAUCAACCAGCUUGAUUCACACACGCUGGAACUCUUCUACAUCAACACCUACAGAAUCCCAAGAACAGGGAUCUAAAUAUUCAGCAACUACAAAGAAGAUUGUCUUGGGUUUAGCAAAAGCAAUGGGAUAUUAUUCAACAGGAUCCACUGCCAUCAAGGCCAGCCAUAGUUUGUACAAUACCUGUGCUCAACAAAUGGAAUUGAAUAAGGAUUUCUACAUUAAAGAGUGUAACUUGCCCGAUAACUUUCAAUCAUGGUUUUCAGUAACGCAAUUGCAUGUAUGGAUGUUGAUGGUUCAUCUUCGUGCUGAGGGCCAAGGCAAACUGUACAUCCAAGAACUCGUCAACCGUUUCUUUGAAGACGCUGAAGCUAGAAUCAGAGAUCAUGGCAUUUCACAACAAAAGGUGAUCAACAGCUACAUCAAGGAUUUAUUAGCACAAUUCCACGGUGGUGUUGUUGCUUAUGAUGAGGGCAUGUGCAAGGACGACCCCGUUUUGGCUGCUGCAUUAUGGAGAAACCUGUUUGCCAUUUCAUCAAACAAUGCUACUGAUCUAGCACUUGUUGUGCAAUACAUUAGACGUGAAUUACAAGCAUUGGAGAAAUACGGUGGAGAAAACCUUAAUGCAGGCAUUGUGAAAUUUGAUAAGCCCGAUGUCUCUUUUGUAUAA